GCUUUCGCUGAGCGCGUGAACGCAGCACGACAGCCCAGGGGAGGAGAGGCGAAAGGACGAGGGAGAGGCGCAGCGAGGAGAAGCAUGAAGAAGAGAUCCGGUCUCUGAGCAUACAGACGGGGAGAGCACCUCGUCCUCCCUCCCUGGAUAGGGGCCGACUGGAAGCGGAGGGAGGCAGCGGGGCCGAGGACAGCAUGGAGGAGAAGAAGCAGUUUCUUUGUGGGGUGGUGGAAGGUUUCUAUGGCCGGCCUUGGACUAUGGAUCAGAGGAAGGUUCUCUUCCAAUGGAUGCAAAGUUGGGGGUUGAACACCUACUUGUAUGGACCGAAGGAUGACCUGAAACACAGACUGUUGUGGCGAGAAGUCUACUCCCAAGAAGAGGAAGGUCAGUUGCGUACUCUUAUUAAAGAGGCCCAGUCGAGAGGCCAGAGGUUUGUUUACGCCCUGUCUCCUGGUCAGGACAUUGUCUUCUCAUCAUCCUGUGACUUGACGCUACUCAAACGCAAGCUGAGACAGGUAUCAGACCUGGGUUGCGAGGCAUUUGCCAUUCUGUUUGAUGACAUCGAUCACUCCAUGUGUCAGGCGGACAGGGAGAACUUUUCUUCAUUCGCUCAUGCUCAGGUCACUGUAACCAAUGACAUUUAUCGCUUUUUGGGGGAACCGCCCGUCUUCCUCUUCUGCCCCACAGAGUACUGUGGUUCUCUGUGUUCUCCCAGUGUAUCAAAGUCUCCCUACCUGCAGACUAUCGGAGAGGAUCUGCUACCCGACAUAACAGUGAUAUGGACGGGCAGUAAGGUCAUCUCCAGGAAGCUGUCGGUCGAUUGCCUGGCCGAGGUGGAGUCCGUCCUCCAGCGCCCCCCGCUCAUCUGGGACAACCUGCACGCUAAUGACUAUGACUCCCGACGUCUCUUCUUGGGGCCUUUUAAGGGAAGAGAGCCUCAGCUGAGGAGCCACCUGAGAGGCCUCUUGCUCAACCCAAACUGCGAGUUUGAAGCCAACUACAUCCCUCUACAUUCCCUGGGGAGCUGGUUCAGAGCUGGAAAAGAGGAGGGGAAAGAUGAAGAGUGUGAAUACUGUCCUGAUAAAGCGCUGUCUGCUGCACUACAUGAUUGGAUGGAGGAACUCAACCAACCACUACAAGCAGGUCGGCAGAGCACUCGAGCAGACCAGCGGGCCUCCGUUUCAACAACUCGCUGCAAAACUCCCGACAGAUCCGACUGCCCUUCCGCCCUCAGAGGCCCGCCUGCCGUGGCCAAGCUCCCUGUAUUUCCCCUGAUCUCCAGUUCACCGCCGUCGUCGCCAGUCAAGGGAGAGACGGAGGGACGAGAGGGGGAAAGGAAGAGGCCAAACCAGCCAAAUCAAUCAAUCAAUCACCAAACUCAAGGACCCAGGCCUUACGCAGCCUCUUGCGGCGGGAGGGGUCAGAAAGGCCAGAGUUGGGGGCUUUGUGGUGGGAAGGACCUGCUAAGUGAGUCCCAGGUGCAGCUGCUGGUUGGUCUUUAUUAUCUGCCCCACGAGCACGGCACGUCUGCCCAGAAACUGUUGCAGGAUCUGACCUGGCUGAAAGGAAACUGCCACCUGGUCAGCGCCAACAGCAAGAAGACGACGCCUCAGAAGAUGGAUGAGUGGCGUGGCCGCUCCUCCAGGGUCCUGUCCCUGUGUGAAGACAUCGCACAGCUUCACUGCAGCGUGGUGGGGGGGGCCAACAGGGCUGUGCUUUAUGACCUUUACCCUUAUGUGUGGGAUCUGAGGAACACGGCUCUUGUGGCAAAAGCAUUCAUAUGCUGGCUGGAUGGACGAGUGUUGAGUGAAAGUUCCCCCCAAGGCACCUGGAGGGACUGCUUCCACUUGUGUGGGAAGACCACAGGGGCAGACCUGCUGGGAGUGGAAUCUGAACCGUGGGCAUUCAAAGGGGGCGUUUCUGGGGAGGUGCAGAUGCUUCUCCCAAUAGGCAGCAACAAUGAACUCUUCACUCAUCCUCCUCCUCUCUUCCCUACCUCUCGUCUUUAUAACAUCAGGCCCUACCACAGCAAAGACAAGUUGGAGAUGUAUCGGAUGGUGCGCCAACUCCACCUGAGGAAUCAGGGCGGUCAAGAGUCCAGUGUUGCUCACCCGGACAUCGUUGGAGAUAGAUGUUUUGGACCAUGCCUGUCGUUGUGCCCCGAGUACUGCUUCAUCCUGGAGGACGAGCUGGGUGUGUGUGGCUGUGUGUUGGGCAUCUUGGAUGUCCGCUCGUUUGCCAAACGGUGCCAGGCCAGUUGGAUGCCUGCCAUGAGGGACAAGUACCCACAUAAAGGGGGCAACACUCACCCCAGCACACAGGAACUGAUCAAGCUGAUGGAGGAGGACCAGGGAGAGUACCCCGACUCUCUCCUCUAUCACUUCCCCUCUCAGCUUCGACUGGACGCCCUGCCGGAGCUCGUGGACGUCAGCGUCAGCCGCACCCUGCUCACCGCCGUCCUCACUGCACUCAAGGCCAACGGUUCUCAGGGUGUGUUCUGCGAGGUGCAGCCAACAGACCGCCAGAGGCUGGAGUUCUUGACAAAACUGGGCUUCCUGGAGAUCCUCAGAGGAGAAGCCAGGAGCAGAGAGGGAGUGGUGUUGGGGAGGCUGCUGUGAAAAUAAACACACACCCGACUCGUUGCACCCAAACAGUAAAUACACAUGCACAAAUACACAUGUCUGUCAAGAAGUUAAGUCUUUUUUAACAGACUUUCCUGGACCUCCCUUGAAUCUGUGUGGCUGCAGUAAUGGGGAAGCAUACUAAGCAUUCUGAAGGAUUCAAUGUUAUAAAAUAAGCAUCGAGUCCAACAUUCCACAGAGUUGUGAGAAUCUCUUCUCGGAUUUGAACCCCAGGCUACGGAUUACUAGGUUUAGUCAUGUUACAAAGAAUUCUACAACAAGUCAUCAUACAACUCAAUAUCGUCUUCACUCAUUGUUUUGGUUUCCUGGACCAAACUUUGAAGCUUCCUAUUUACCAGACAGACAUGAGUGUAUUGAGUUGCUCAAAUGAAGUGUAGACAUAAUUUUACAUGACUCCUUAAAACUGACAGAGAACAAUCCCUUCCGGUGGGCUCUGCUCCCUCUAUUUUGUUCAUAAGCGAUACAAUUCAUUUUUAAAGUAAGGAUGUUGUUUUCUAGCUCCUGUCCUGUUGUUUUAAUAGCGUCUGACUGCAGACUGGACGCACGCACAGCGUCACUGUUUGCACUUGAUUACUUUAGAUGAUUGUUUACAUGCAUGAAGAACAAAACAUUAUAAAAGACAAAGCGGUCACGUAAUAAGAUUACAUGUGCUGUAUACAGACAUUGAUGCAAACAGACAUUUAUUUCAGUGGAAUGGUCUAACAUAGCAACAUUAAUGAAAAUCUUUCAUUGGACAUUUCUCAGCCAUUAAAGCUAAAAAGACAACCCAAGAAGAUGUGAGUGCAUGUACGCUAAAAUUCAUCAAAAUCAAAAUGAUAUAUUCAAAGAGAUUGUGCAUGAAAGAAAUCAUGCCGAUACGUACAUUAAACACAAAGACACCCACAUACACAUAUCGGUUUACACUUUCAAUUGGAUAUAAUAAAUACCUCCCUAAAUUGAUUUUUAGAUACUGUAAUCAUCAGCAAUGAGUAUGCACGGUGUUGUGUGGGUCCUUUGAAUGUGUUUGUGCAAAGUGUACGCAUAUAUACCAAUUAAGAUUCA